GGAUGGAUAUAUUGGCUUUGUUGACACGUCAAGAAAUAGCCUCGUUGGCAGAAGAAUUUUCUGACAGAAGAUUUUGUACAAUUCUUGCCUGUUAUUUACAUAGAUAUGGAUUAAUUACUUUGCCUACCCUUCGAUUUGAUUGUUCUACAUAUGGAGCUAGACGUCAAUCAGCUCCAACAAUACAUGCUUGGCAUGGAAGGGGUUGGGAUUCUGAAUUGCCUUUAGCCGAAGCACCUUUGCCCGUUAAUAUAAGAAAUUUUACUUCGUUAGAAAUUUGUUAUUUUGAUUCAAAAGUUGCCCAAUUUGUUCAAAGAAUGUCUCCAAUAUUUAAUAAUGUUGUUAUUAAUUUAGUUAGCGAUUCUAAAGUUGGAGGAACUAAAAAAAUAAACAACAAAAAACAAUUCGAAGUUUUACGUCAUUUACUUCCAUCAAUUAAUAGUAUUGAGGGAAUUCGUAUUGAGGAUUUAAAAAUGUUACCUGAACUUAAUUCUAAAUUCCCUACAACAUUUUUAGAUAUUAAAGUUUGUAAAAAAUAUUUUAAAUUAAAUACACAGACAGAUUCCCCUAAUAGAAUGACUCAUUAUAUUUUUUAA